UCACUGAGUUUAAGCGUACAUAUACUUGGAGAACUGAGUUCGAUGCUAAGGCUAGGAGAGAAUUUGACAAAAAAGCUGGGGACCGACUUAGGGGCACAUUGAACCAAGUUUACAAAAUGCCUCUCCAUAAGGAAGUUAGUUUCAUGAUUGACACUGUUCGAGCUGAAUUCAUAAAUAAGCGUAAGCAUCCUGAUUUUCUGAAACGUUCUAACCAAGCAAGAGAUAAUCGGUUAUCUGGCCAAACAUUAGAGAAGUUUGACCCUGGCCAUCGCCAAGGUAGCGUAUCUACUCCUCAAGUGGUUAAAAAAAUGGCAAAGAAAAAGGAUGGAAUUUUACCAACUGCUGCUGAAGUAUAUGAGAGCACUCAUUCUGUUUGUGUGGGCAAUGAUGAAGUUGAAUUGAUGGGUGACAAGUCUCAAAAAGUCAUGGGAGAAUAUAUGGAAAAACUUGAGGAAUAUAAGAACAAAGGAAUUGAGAUAAACCCCGACAAAGUCUACUUGGAGGUUGUAGGUGGGCAAAAGAAAGGAAAAGUCUACGGUUUAGGGAGUGCUUCACAAAUGUAUUACAAGAGUGAUCCUACUUCUCAAUCUACUGCAUCAUCUUACACUCCUUCCAUGAUUUCUCAAUUAAGUUCUCAAGUUGAAGAACUAAAGAAGAUGGCGGAAGAAAACCAUAACAAGGUAGAAGAAAGCCAAAAAAUAGCGGCAGAGAGCUUAAAAUAUGCUAAGGAAUUCGUCGAAAAUCAUGAGAUCGAAAAAGCUACAUGGAAGAAGGAAAAAUUAGCUAUGCAAAAAACAUUGCAGGAAAUGGUAUCACUUGUAAAACAAGUUUACCGUCCUUAUAAGCCUCCUACGCCUGCAGUCACCCGCUCUCGUGAUACAACUAAGUGAUUUUUAUUUUCUUGGUGGUAAUUUUAUGAACAACUGGUCUUUUACAUUGUCAUUAAUUCUUGUUUGAAGUAGCUUUUUUUUUAUAUGGGAGGUGACUUUUGGAACAAUUAGUCUUAUAAGUUAAAUAUUGUUUUUUAAUACAUUGAUACAAAAUUGAUUGAUAUUUUGGAUAUUUGAAUAAAGUUAACAUUUUGGUUAUUUGAA